CGAAGCCAAUUGCAGCAAGAGCUUAAAGCUGUAUCAUUUCUGAAAAGAAAAGCUCCAUCAAGCAGUACAUAUAAUGAAUCAGACGCCAAGAAAACUCGUAUAGGAAGUGCUCCAGCAAACAUCAAUUGCUUUUACUGUGGCAAGCUUGGCCAUAGAUCUCCACAAUGCUUUUUAAAAAAAGGGAAGCUAAUCAUCAGGAUAGCCGAACGAAAACCGAAACCAUCUCCAAGGACCAGGCAGCUGAGAAACCUGUCACCUGCUACAUCUGCCGGAAGCAGGGCCACAUCGCAUACAACUGUCCGAAGAGGAACAAUCAAGAUGGAAGUAGCGGUGAAACCAGCAGCUCGAAGCAAAAACGCGUCGAUUUCUGCGUUGUUAAAACCCCUACAGGACUUCUACGUCAUAACGAUACGCCUAGCUCACACGAGGACGUGUGAUAUGUCAAGAUGGCCGUGUCGCAGAGUGGCAACAGUGGCGCCGCAGGUGAUAGUUUUAAGAAACUUUUAAUUUCGUCGGCGCCGUAGUUUACUUAUCAUGUAACUUAUAACGCCAUCUAUUAGAAAUUGUCAGAAACGAUUGAUGUUGUCUAGUGUUUACCGAUUUUGUUCAUUUGUAACGCCAUCUAUUGGCAAUUGCUGGAAACGUCAAGUAUCUUACUUGGGUGCGGUCGGCGCAGAACUAGUAACGGUUAACCGGUUAA